AUGCCGGGGUAUGAUCCACCGGCAGUUUGUCCCAAUGGAUCGCCGAGCAUUUGGGGCGAAGCGUUGCGAUUGCGCUGGGACAUCCGGGAUGUCUUGAUCUACGCUGUGGGAAUCGGAUCUCACGACUUGCGCUUUGUGUACGAGGGACAUCCGGACUUUGCGGUCUUCCCAACCUUCCCAAUUCGCUUUGGCACGCUGGGGGCUGCCAGUUUUGCGACCGCCCUGCCACCCAGCUUGGGCCCCCUGACCAUCGAUGCAGAGCGCUUUUUGGAAAUGCACCGGCCCCUCCCGACAGCUGGUACGGCACACAUUCGUUCUCGGGUUGUGGGAAUCCAUCCGCGGCCCAAAGGCAGCUCUUUUGUGGAAUAUGAGACUCUAGUUUCGGAUGGCGCCGAUGUGCCGUACUGCCGACUGGUAACUGGGCAAUAUCGACGUGGUGUGAACCAGUUGGGCGACAUUGAGCCAUUUGAAGGGAUUGGGACAACCUACAGCGCAAAGCUAGUUCCACCUUCUGCGCCACCUGAUGUCACUUGCGAACAGUGGAUAGCAGACAACCAGGCGAUGAUAUAUCGCCUCUCCGGGGAUUUCAACCCACUGCACAUUGAUACAGCCGCUGCCAAGGUAGGAGGCUUCGACCAGCCAAUCCUGCAUGGCCUUUGUACCUUCGGACAUUGCGCUAGCAUGCUGUUGGGCGCUCUCUGUGAUGGAGAUGCUUCAAGAUUCAAGAAGAUCAAGGUGCGAUUUAGUUCGCCCGUGUUUAUGAGCAGCCGGCUCCGUGUACACGCCUGGCAUGAUGGCCCUGGCCGAGUGCUUUUUCAGGCCGAGGUGGAGGGAAGGCUUGUGGUGUCCAAUGCCUUCUUUGAGUUUGAUGCCGCGCCUAGUCCUUCAAAGCUGUGA